CUGAACUAGUUCACCUGUAAGCCACAGCUCAGACCGCAGUAGGAGGCGUGAGCGCGACGGCGUGCGGUUGUUGGUGUUUGGCGAGACCACGCCGAACGUCAUUCUUAUGGUGGGUCUUACCCCGUUCGACCCCUGUCACUGGACACCGAACCGAGCCUAAAAUGGGAACUCACAGAGGAGCGCGUUUAACCUCCUGGCUGCUCGCGGCAGGCGUUCUCCAGGUGUGCGCGUUGCGGGCGGCGCGUGCGAGCUACCUCUGCACGGCGUUCGUGAACGUGUCGUUCGCGGACCCGCAGAACAACGCGACCAUGUGGAGCCAGGAGGAGAGCGGACUGUACGGACUUGACUCGCCCAAGGUGGCCGUGUCCGGCGAGGUGUUCCUGCCCGACCCCAUCUACGGCUGCGAGCCGGACACUGUGUACGACGUCCCCCCCGACACCACGGGCUGGAUUGCGCUCAUCCAGCGCGGGAACGGCUGCACGUUCUCGGAGAAGAUCAGCGUGGCGGCGCGCAGCGGAGCCGCGGCCGCGAUCAUCUUCAACGAGCCCGGUAUUGACAACCGGGUCAUACAGAUGUCUCACCCAGGAACAGAGGACACGGUGGCCAUCAUGAUCGGCUACCUCCAGGGCAUGGAGAUCGUGGACCUGGUCAGGAGCAACAUCCCCGUCACCGUGAGCAUCCAGGUGGGCAAGCAGCACGGCCCCUGGAUGAGCCACUACUCGGUGUUCUUCGUCUCCAUCUCCUUCUUCGUGGUCACCGCCGCCACCGUGGGCUACUUCAUCUUCUACUCUGCCCGCAGGCUCAACAGCGUCCGGCUGCAGAACAAAAAGCUGAAAAGACUAAAAGCAGAAGCCAAGAAAGCCAUCAGGCAACUCCAAGUUCGAACCCUGAGGCAAGGAGACAAGGAGAUCGGAUCGGACGCGGACACGUGCGCCGUGUGCAUCGAGGUCUACAAACCCGGUGACGUGGUGUCCGUUCUCACCUGCAACCAUUUCUUCCACAAGUCCUGCAUCGAGCCCUGGCUGCUGGAGCACAGGACGUGUCCCAUGUGUAAAUGUGACAUCCUGAAGGUUCUCGGAGUUGAGCCGGACGUAGAAGAAGAAGAAGCGGCGGCGACGCCCGACCCGGCUGUGCCGGACUUCAGGCUGUACCGCAGCGGGCAGGAGGACACGCGCAGCGAGACGGCCUCCUCGGGCUACGCUUCGGUGCAGGGGGCCGAAGAGCACGGCCUCCCCGUCGAGGAGAGUCCCCCCCACCAAGCCGCAGAGCAGCACGAACACAACUCGGGAGGUGCGGAAGUGCAGGUGGACAUGCAGCCCCACUACGACAACAUGGCUUUUGAGGGAGACUUACAGAACCAUGCGAACCCCAGGACAUAAAUGGACCUUCUGAGCCAGGGGCUCCACACGCUGUCUGUGUGGUCCGCGCUCCUCAAAGAAGGCGGCAACAUCUGAGAAAGUGGCGCCGAGCCGUAGCGCACGUUCGUGAUCACUAAUAGGAAAAUGAGCACCUAUGCAUUUUUAUAAACGAGAAUCUAGCGAUGCUGCCCCGCUCUCCAACACACUGUAGCUUCUGCACUCUGUCAUGAAGAAAAUGGUACUUUUUAAGCACAUCUAAUAUGCAGACAGGUUUUGGAACAGGUAUCUUGUCUUUUCACAGUGUGAUUUGAUAGUCUUGGAGUUGCCGUUUUGUAUUUCCUUUCCAAGGAUUAUGUAACCAUAUACAGUUUUUGUUUUAAAUUGAGUACAAGCUCUUUUAAGCAUUUCGGUAGAAAGAAGUCUUAUUUUAGGGUAAAUCACAUGGUGGUAAAUCGUGGCUCCUGAAAAAAUUAGAUUAUGUUAGGGAUCUCAGAUUGUUUCAUGCUUUUUGAAAUAAAGUAUUUUUCUAGCACUGUGUAUGGAUUCUUGAUUAGACACCUUCCUGUUCUAUGCACGCAGUUUUCUUUGUUGUCCCAUGUUGAUGCUGUUCCAGAUCCAAUGAGCAGAAAGUCCACCAGCAGGGGGGCCUCCUUGAAUUGUUCAAUGCGAGGUGUGAAAUGAAAAUUGAUGUGCAAAUGACGCAUUCCGUAAUGUUGAACGUAAAUACCAGUUUACUUCUACCUGCAGGAUCCCUGUGGUGUCCAGGUCUCAGCCUUAUUCUUUUAUCGUACUCUGGUAAAGAGGGCCAAGCGCCACUACUCAUGUACAUGGUUCUUCAAUAUUUGCUUAUUUCAUAAUAUUUUAACAUGAUAUUGUCAUUUUGAAACAUCCGAUGUUUCUCUUUUCCUUGAUUACUUAAAAUACAAUGUAAAAGACCCCCCC